AUGAGAAAAGAAAGAGAAGAGAGAAGAAGGGUAGAAGAGGAAUGGAGAGGAGAGAGGAAAAAAUGGGAGGAAGAGAUGAGGGAGCAGAAGGUGAGGAGAGAAAGGAUAGAGAAAAGAGUGGAGAUGAUAGAAGAAAAGGAAGAUAAAAUGCAGGAGGCGAUAGAGAAGGUAGGGAGAUGGGAAAGUGAAAGGGAAAGGAGGAGAAGUAAGGAUAUGGCGGGAGAAAAAGAAGCAGAAGAAUAUAGAAAAAGAUUGAGAAGGAUAGAAGUAAAACAAGAUAGGAAAGAGAGAGAAGAGAGAAG